AUGGCGACAGUGACCAUAAAUACGGCAUCGAAGCGUGUACAGGCCCAUGCUGCGGGCCGGAAACCAAGCGCGGCUACAGCAGUCGGGCGGGGGCCUAUUUCGACGAACACCCCCAACAGCACGAGCACAAGUCUACCGCUACCCUCCGACGACAGCUCUUAUUCUGACACGCCAGCCGCCUCGCCCGUCAAGCGCCGCAAGCUGCGCAAAGGCACCUUUAGCUGCAUCGAGUGCAAGCGGCGCAAGGUCCGGUGUCGGUUUGCUGAGAGUGUGGCUGCAGCUCCCGGCAGCGGUGGUGGCCGCCCUUCUCAUGCUGGCCACUGCCUCUCAUGCCAGCGACACGGUACGGCGUGUGUCAGCCAAGAGUAUGCUGCUCCCUCGCCGUCGCCACGCCGCUCACCCGACCCACUCCAGCAGCGGCAGUACAACGAUGUCGGCAAGCGUAUCGCCCAGGUCGAGGCUUUGGUCGGCGAGCUGGUCCGGCGGCGUGUCAAUGCAGGCCACGCCACCAGCGACAGCGUUCUAGGAGAUGACGACGCCGCGGAUGAGCCUGCGCGCAGUCCCUCUGAUCCCACGGCCGAUCUGCUGGACCAGGAGCUUGAGUCGGUCCUCCAGCAGGACGCCAGCUGCUUCUCGUUCUGGUUGCACGACCGCUUCAUAUCGGCUCAAUCGCCACACUUCCGUGCGCGGUCUACAUUGAGGUCGCAGUCUCUCUCGCCCUUGCCGGCGACAGCCUCGCCACACCUACGCCAGCCUCCCGGUUACCUCGACCCGAAUACUGACACCGACCUCACUACCGAUUUCCCUGCCGGCAGAGCCCCACCUGUCGACGUCCACUCCAAAAGGCAACUGCGCAUCCAGCUCCAACAACUCGAGCAGGAACUCUUUUCCAACCGUUUGCUGUUCCCCACGGGCCCGAGUAUUUACACGGGGCCUCUCGAACACCAAACGCUCAGCAAGCACCUACAAUCCAUACUGCCGACCGCCAACGAUGCCCUGCGCAUCCUGGACGAAGGUGCCUUGUUUACGUUGCGCCGCUAUCGCGCGUUUCUCGCCGCAGACGCCGAGGCCGGCCGUGACAUUCACCCCCUUGAGAAACGCGGUACGGGCCACCCUGUACUGCUAGCCCGCGAGCUCAUUCAGCUCGCUGUCUGCCUACAAUUGAUGCACAAGGACAGCAAGCUCAGCGAUUAUGGUAUGUCCGGCAGUGUGACGCCCUGGGAGACUGCCGACCGCUACUUUGAAGUCGCUUCAAGUCUCGUUACCUCGCACGACGCCAUGGUCUCGUCCCAAGAGGGGCUCGAAAGUCUGCUGCUGCAUGCCUUUUUCGUGGUGAACAAGGGCGAUCUUCGGGCUGGGUGGAUGACGCUGCGCCGCGCCCUCAGCAUUGCCACAAUCAUUGGCCUCCCUCCACGGUCCUGGCACGACCAGCCACUCUCUCUCCACUUUGUCUGGACCCGUUUGCUGUUCUCUGAACGCUUCUUGUCCCUCAUGCUCGGCCUGCCGUCGUUCAACAUCGAAGACCACCACCCCUCGUCCCUUGCGCGGCACGCCGCGACAAGGAAAUUGUUGACCUCCCGCGACUGGACCAACAACGUCGAGUACGUGGCCCUAGACCUCGAGAGAUUGAACGCUCUCCUCAUCCCGCGAAUCACCGCCCGCAACAAACGCCUCAACCAGCUCGCCAACGCGCACUAUAUCUAUUCUCGCACUGACUAUGCGCGUCAUAUAACGAUACUGAACAACGACUACCGCGACACGCGCGACAUAGACUAUACCUUCUGCCAGGCCGCUCAGAGCCUGCCCACGAAAUGGUGGGCCAUUCCCGACAUCCUGGGAGGCAACAGAAUUGACGGUGGCCGUAUGGAGAAGACUGAGCAAAUUGAGGAAUCGAUGCGCCUCAUGGGCCAGGCAAAACACUAUCACUUGUUGGUGUUGCUGCACCUCCCGUACCUUACGGACCGGCGACCAGGCAUCAUGCCGGCGAAAGCGCCGCCUCCGUUGUUGGACACAGUUCUGCCGGACGGGGCUUCAUAUGCGGGUGCGCAGGGGCCGAAGGACGAGACGAUUAACGUCAAUUUACGAGAGUACGGCAUGGCGGCCGGCACGGAAGCAGCAUCACGGCCAGUGACCGACGACAUUGUCUUUGCAGAAGACACUAGCCGCAGCCAGAGACAGUACCCCUCACUGCCAUCACCACCAUCCAACUGGUCCUCCAUACCGGCCGCCACAGCGCAGUGGACCAGCGAGCAUAUCAACACCACAACCACAUCCAUCCUGCUCACACCACCGGAUACUACCUUUAGUCGCCUCGGUGCCUUGGGUGCCGCCCGUGAAGUCCUGUCACGUUUCAUGGUCUUUCGGAAAUUCACUAGCGCCAAUCCCGGCUGCCACGCCUUUGACUUUGAAGGCUUUGUCGCAGCCGUGGCCAUUCUGCUCGCCCAUCUGGACGCUCACGUCCGCGGCGGCGAUAAUGUCAUCCACUACCAGCGACCCUCGGAUAUGAAUACCGUCGACAAAGCCAUGGCUCUCAUGGAUCGGCUGCAGGACAUUGCACAGGAGCCUGUCAAUGGGCCAAGGUUGGCCAUACUGCGGCGACUGAUGGCCAUUGAAAACGACGCCGCGGCGGGCGGAAAGUAUGAGGUCUGGACCGAAGACGGGACACUGGGCCGUGGCGACGGGCGGCUGACGGCGGACCCGGACAGUGCGGUGCAAACCAUGUCCGUGCCGUACUAUGGAACCAUCCACAUCUGGCGUUUGGUCGGGUCUAGCUAA